AUGGAGGCGGCUGGUGCAUUGGCGAGUCUAGCUCCUUCGCCGAUUACCGUGCUGGGACUGAUACCACUCUUAGCACUUGGGAUCACCUACUUCAGAUAUCAGCAAUAUGAUCCGGAAUCUUAUAUCACAGACACAAACGUUAUAUUGCCAAUCUAUGACUUCGUGGUGGUCGGGGGCGGCUCUGCAGGUGCAGUCAUGGCAUCACGACUCUCUGAGAUUGGUAAUUGGACUGUCCUGCUCCUUGAAGCCGGUCAAGAUGAAAACGAGAUUUCUGAUAUCCCAGCAUUAGCCGGAUACACCCAACUAUCGGACAUGGAUUGGAAGUUCCAAACAACGCCGUCGAAAAACCGUUCUUAUUGCCUCGCUAUGAACGGUGACCGAUGCAAUUGGCCUAGAGGAAAAGUCCUCGGCGGAAGCAGUGUCCUGAAUGCAAUGGUUUAUGUCAGAGGCAAUCGCAACGACUACGAUUUAUGGGAGGCUCUGGGCAAUCCGGGCUGGUCGUACGAUCAAGUAUUACCUUACUUUUUGAAAUCUGAAGAUAAUCGAAAUCCUUAUUUGGCCGCAACACCGUAUCAUUCAGCAGGUGGAUAUUUGACGGUUCAAGAAGCGCCGUGGCGGACACCGUUAUCCAUUACAUUUUUAAAAGGCGGAAUGGAACUAGGUUAUGAUUUUCGCGAUAUAAACGGCGAGAAACAAACGGGUUUUAUGUUGACGCAAGCAACUAUGCGUCGUGGGAGCAGAUGUAGCACGGCCAAAGCUUUUCUUAGACCAAUACGUAAUAGAGAGAAUUUGCACAUAGCUCUGGGAGCGCAAGUCACUCGUAUACUAAUAAACUCGGUCAAGAAACAAGCCUACGGUGUCGAAUUUUAUCGUAACGGCCAAAGACACAAAGUCAGAAUAAAAAGAGAAGUAAUCAUGUCCGCCGGAGCAUUAGCAACGCCCCAAAUAAUGAUGUUGAGUGGUAUCGGACCCGCAGAUCAUCUCAGAGAGCACGGCAUACCACUUGUUGCAAAUCUUAAAGUCGGUCACAACUUGCAAGAUCACGUAGGACUAGGUGGUCUUACAUUUGUCGUUAACAAACCGGUCACAUUUAAAAAGGACCGGUUCCAAUCAUUCUCAGUUGCAAUGAACUACAUUUUAUAUGAGAAUGGACCGAUGACGACACAAGGCGUUGAAGGUUUGGCAUUUGUCAACACUAAAUACGCUCCCACUUCUGGUAACUGGCCCGAUAUUCAAUUUCACUUUGCACCUAGUUCAGUAAAUUCUGAUGGAGGGGAGCAGAUACGAAAAAUAUUGAAUUUACGUGACAGAGUUUACAAUACCGUAUACAAACCGAUGGAAAACGCUGAAACUUGGACCAUACUACCUUUGUUAUUGCGACCCAAAAGUUCGGGCUGGAUAAAAUUAAAAAGUCGAAACCCGUUCCAAGCGCCAUCGAUUGAGCCGAAUUACUUCGCAUACAAAGAGGACAUUAAAGUACUAACGGAAGGUAUAAAGAUAGCUUUCGCCUUAUCAAAUACCACCGCGUUCCAGAGAUACGGGUCGAGACCUCUUAACAUUCCAUUGCCGGGUUGCCAGCAGCAUGUACUAUUCAGUGAUGAAUAUUGGGAAUGCAGCCUUAAACACUUCACGUUUACAAUUUACCAUCCUACCGGCACAUGUAAGAUGGGUCCCAAUCAUGACCAGGAUGCUGUUGUCGAUCCAAGAUUACGCGUCCACGGGGUUGCCAACCUCCGAGUUGUGGAUGCAAGCAUCAUGCCCACGAUCAUCAGCGGCAACCCUAAUGCUCCAGUAAUUAUGAUAGCCGAAAAAGCCGCCGACAUGAUCAAAGAAGACUGGCUUUAUUGUUAA